CGGGAGGCCAAUGAGCGUGCGGGGGCGGUGCGCUGGCUGGCCGGGGGGCGCCGUCGGGGGCCGAGAGGCAGCGACCCUCGGUCGGGAUGGCAGCGGCGGCGCGCGGCGCGUGGGUUGUACGGCGACGCGUGGCGCUGAGGCUGCCGCGGAGAGAUGGUACUCCCUGGAUCGCCUCAGCUGCCGCCUCCUUCUCCUCCUCAGUGCCAACAACCAAGCUCUUCAUUAAUGGGAAGUUUGUUGAGUCCAAAACUACUGAAUGGAUUGAUAUCCACAACCCGGCCACAAAUGAAGUGGUUAGCCGUGUACCAAAAGCCACAGCCAGUGAGAUGGAGGCAGCUGUGGCUUCUUGCAAAAAGGCUUUUUGGAGCUGGUCAGAAACAUCUGUUUUGAGUCGCCAGCAAAUCUUCUUGCGUUAUCAACAACUCAUCAAAGACAAUCUGAAAGAAAUUUCAAAACUCAUCACCUUUGAGCAAGGGAAGACCCUGGCUGAUGCUGAGGGAGAUGUGUUCCGAGGCCUCCAGGUGGUUGAACAUGCUUGCAGUGUGACGUCCCUCAUACUGGGAGAGACCAUGCCUUCCAUCACUAAAGACAUGGACACUUGCACCUACCGUCUGCCUCUGGGCGUCUGUGCUGGAAUUGCACCAUUCAAUUUCCCAGCCAUGAUUCCUCUUUGGAUGUUCCCGAUGGCUAUGGUUUGUGGAAACACCUUCUUGAUGAAACCAUCUGAGCGUGUGCCAGGAGCGCUCAUGUUCCUUGCUAAGCUGUUUCAGGAUGCUGGUGCCCCCGAUGGGACCCUGAAUAUCAUCCAUGGACAACAUGAAGCUGUGAACUUCAUUUGUGACCAUCCGGAUAUCAGAGCAAUCAGCUUUGUGGGAUCUAAUCAGGCUGGCGAGUACAUCUACGAGAGAGGAUCUCGGAAUGGCAAGAGAGUCCAGGCCAACAUGGGAGCCAAGAACCAUGGUGUGGUUAUGCCUGAUGCCAACAAAGAGAACACCUUGAACCAGUUGGUUGGAGCUGCUUUUGGAGCAGCUGGCCAACGCUGCAUGGCCCUAUCUACAGCAAUUCUAGUGGGGGAAGCUCAGCAAUGGCUGCCAGAGCUUGUGGACAGAGCCAAAAAUCUACGUGUAAAUGCAGGAGACCAGCCUGGAGCAGAUCUAGGGCCUCUAAUCAGCCCCCAGGCUAAGGAACGGGUUUGCCAUCUGAUUGAGAAAGGAGUAAAAGAAGGUGCCAGCCUUCUUCUAGAUGGACGUAAUAUCAAGGUGAAGGGCUAUGAAAAUGGCAAUUUUGUUGGGCCAACAAUCCUUGCAAAGGUCAAGCCAGACAUGACUUGCUACAAGGAAGAAAUCUUUGGGCCUGUCCUAGUUGUUCUGGAAGCAGACACUUUGGAUGAUGCUAUUGAGAUGGUGAACAAUAACCCCUACGGAAAUGGAACUGCAAUCUUCACCACCAAUGGAGCCACAGCUCGGAAAUACUCUCACCUGGUAGAUGUGGGGCAGGUGGGUGUCAACGUUCCAAUCCCAGUACCUCUGCCCAUGUUCUCUUUCACUGGCUCUCGUGCUUCUUUCAGAGGGGACACCAACUUCUAUGGCAAGCAGGGAGUGCAGUUCUACACACAGCUGAAAACUGUAAUUUCUCAAUGGAAAGAGGAAGAUGCUACUGUUACCAAGCCUGCUGUGGUUAUGCCAACCAUGGGAAACUAAAUCAGCCUCUGCAGAUGCUGUUCCUGGUGCCCUUCUUCUAUGCUGCACUCCCCAGCUCUGUCCUGACUAUCUUCAUUUCUGUGGGAACAAACAGAAGGCUCCAUUUUCUCAAGGACCUGUGUAGAUCAGGCAGGGUCAUAUAACGCACAGUCUGGGUUUUCUGUUGCUGUCACUGGUGUUUUGGCUAGCUGAAUUACUUUUUUUCCCCCCUACAGCUUUUCACAGGUGAAACAACCUUAUCUAAUUGGAAGGGCAGACAGUGAGAUUGGUCUUAAUUUGUAUUUCUAGACACACUGAACUUGAAUACUACUCUGGUUUCUACUUCAUUAUCUUUAGCCUUAGUGACUCACUCCUGGCUACAUCUUGUAGCAUUUGUAUUUACCUCUUUAACUUACAUGUUAAGAUUCUGAGUUCACCCUUCUCAAAGAUUAGUACUUUGAGUGACAUAGCUGGGACCUUAGAUGUCUCGCAGAAGUGACUACAAUGAAGAAAGCAAGCUUGGGAGUCAAAAAUGUCAGUCUUUCAUCUGCUGAGCAUUUUCCAAAACACUUGGAAAAUAUAUUUCUAAGGAUUUUUCAGGAAAGCAUACUUGCUUGUCUGAGAAUGAAAGGAAUUUCUCUGUAAUGCAGAGAAAUGUGCCUCUAAUCACUUGAAAACUUCUGUUCCUAUUCUGCAUGUGGCUUGUAUUUUCCAUCUUGUUGUCAGUUCUGUUACACCUUAAAGUUAUUUGGUGCCUUUUUACUGUGCUAACAGAUAUGUGCCUACAGGUCUUGUAACAUAAUGAAACCAUGGGAAGCACGUGUGUAUCUUUGUGUCACAAUAUCGUGUGAGUCUGGGUGGAAGGGAGAGUAAGUAGUCAAGUCAGUGGGAAGAAAGAACACUCUGUUUUUAAUCAAUCACAAAACAGCCGGGGCUGUCUCCUGUGUUGACUGACUCAUUCCUUGUCACAUUUGUUCAAAUACAGUCAGGUUCUCUAGGGAAUGCAGAUGCCAUUACUAGAGAAGGAUUAUACUUGGUAUGCCCUGUUUUCAAGAAUCUGUGCAUUUGAAGCUGGAGAGCCUAAAUUCCCAGUUCCUGAAAGCUGAUGCAGCUCUGAGGGGUUCUGCAGGGAACUCAUUCAAGCACCCAUGGGAAAUACUCUAUUCUGAGGAUUGUAACCAUUACUUGUUUACUUAACCUGAAUGUGAACACUUUGUAUCCUGCCUCUGCUGAAGACACCUUGUAACUGACAGGUUACAAUUGCUGUGCAUUCACUAAUGUGUAUCCUGGGUUUUCCCUCUGUUAUAUUCUAGAGGGGAAAUUUUCACUUUGCAAUUUGAUUACAAAUUAAAAAUGUGCUAAUACA